AUGUCAAAAAAAGGACAUUUGCAGGGAAUUCGAGCAAUCGCUAUAAUUUCAGUUUUGGCAUUUCAUUUUUUUCCCGAAUAUUUUCCAAAUGGUUUUUUGGGUGUUGAUCAGUAAGUGCUAGAUUUUUUCAAGAUAUACAGUAUUUUUCACAGAUUCUUCGUGCUUUCUGGUUAUUUAAUGUGCCUGAUUCUGUCCAAAAAUAUAUCUUCAAAUAAAAAUCAAUCAAUAAUUUCAAAAAUCUUGGAAUUUUAUCAACGUCGACUUUGUCGAAUUCUACCAAAUUAUUAUUUUCUAAUCUUAAUCAAUAUUUUUUUAUUGAUUUUUUCUCCAAUUUUUCCCGAAACUUUCAUUGAAACAAAUCAAAAAUCAGCAAAACAAUCAAUAUUUUUCGUCUCAAAUGAUUUCUCAAAUUUAGAAGAUGAUUAUUAUAUUCUGUUGGAAAUUGCUGAAAAUCUAUUUACUCAUACUUGGUCACUUUCUGUUGAAAUUCAAUUUUAUUUCAUUAUUCCUAUCGUAUUCUAUGGGAUUUUAUCGAUUUUCCCUGGGAAAAAUCGAAAUUUCCUGAUCUACCUGAGCUUCUCAAUGAUCUCUCUAAUUUUCUAUUGGAAUUCCCCGAAGAGAACUGCAUUUUAUAGUGUUUCAGCUAGAAUUUGGCAAUUCCUUGCAGGAUUUCUAAUCUAUUUUUGGUCUGAGGAUGAUGAAAACAAGCCAAAAAAUGAAGAACAACUCGAAAAAUUAUUAAUAAUUGCUGAUAAAUCUGAAGUAAAAAAGGAAGACGACCGCUUGAAAAAUACGUGGCUAUUGCUGGUGACUAUUCUGAUGUUGUUUUUUAGUUUUGAAUAUCCCGAAAAAAUGUUCAGGUACGAAUUUUUUUUGUAUUUUUGUAUAGAGAUAACAUUUUCUAGAGUUUUAAUAACGAUUAAUACCGCAUUGCUAAUAUUAGCCUCCGAAAACAAUGUGAUUUUAUCAAAUAGAAUAAUGAUUUAUAUUGGAAAUAUAUCAUAUUCAUUAUAUUUAGUUCAUUGGCCAAUUUAUUGUUAUUCAAAAUUCUACGAGUUACCAAAACUCCCAUUUUUAUGCUUUUCUAUUUUCCUGGCUAUUCUAGUUUAUGAAACUUAUGAAAAAUGGUAUACUACAAAAAUAACCAGAACUUCACAAAUGAUACUAUCAGCAUCGUUAUUCAUUUUUUGCGUUUUGGCAAUUUGGAGGCAAGAAAUAAAUGAUUUUUAUUUGGAUUCAAUGGGAAGAUCUCAAAACUUCGAUGUCAAUCCAAUAUUUUUGGCUGGAAAUUCGAAAAAUUUAAGUUUGGAGGAAGUAAUGCAUUUGAACACUGAAUGGACGUUGAGAGAAAAAGAAUUUCUAUCGCGUAAAGAAUGCAACUAUACAAAUCAUAGAAGGCCAUUUGGUGUGUGUAAUGUUCAGGUGAGCACUUGCAAGUAUUGAUUGUUAUAACAUUUUUUCGCAACAGAAUCUCACAUCAUCUGCGCCUUUCAAAAUUUUGAUCAUUGGGAAUAGUUAUGCUACCAAUUUUGCGCCAUUAGUCUUCAAUGCAUGCGGUAAAAAAUCAAAUACAAUUCUGUUGGCAUCAUUCCCAAGUUGCGAUUUUUUGCAUCCAUAUUUUCCAACAGGAAUAUGUUUGGGAGUCUUUGAUAAUCCAUAUGAGAAGAUUGAAAAAAUGAAUUUUGAUUACAUUUUUCUGAUUUCCAAAUGUGGAACUUUCUGUGAGAAUGAUGAUGAAUUGACGGAUAUCGACACAAAAUUGGAGUUUGCUAAAUCACAAAUCGCAAGAAUCAAACCGUUUGUGAAGCACAAAAUCUUCAUUCAAAAGGCGGUGACCAUUCCAACCGAUGUUGUUUCACUCAAUAAAUUUUUGGCGAAUCAUACAAGUUUUGAUAAAAUUGAUGUGAGUGUCAUCGGAAAAUGAGCAUCGGAAAAUAAAAUCCACCAUUUUUUGCAGGAAUACUAUUCUCAACGUCUCAAACAUCACAAAUUCAUCGGAGAUGCUCGACAUCGAAAACUGGCCGAAUUUUGCGGAGAAAAAUGUGAAUAUUUUGACGCAUUCGAAAAUUUCCAACGAAAUCCGUAUGCUCCAAAAGAAAUAUUUCGGUUUUUCGAUAAACGAGGAUUGAGUUAUAUAGAUGGUGCAGAUCAUUUUCCACCUUUCGCUUGGCCUAAAAUUCAACCAGUUUUUGAUAGAAUUUGUGAGAAAUUGUGA